UUCUUCUUCCUUACCGUCUCCUUCUCUCUCCAUCGCGGUUACUUCCCUUGGCUGACCCCCUCCCUCUCUCUCUCUCUUGGUUUUUGUUGUUUUUUCUUCAUAAUAUGGUAAACUGUAAGAGAGGGGUCCUUAGUCUAAGAGGGCUUUCGCUCGCCUAACUCUCAGCUUUACGACAAUAUUAACACAAACACAAAGAAGUGAACGGUACCUAAAAGCUGAACACUGGCGAGAAAACCCCCCCCCAGCAAACUUUGAAGAGAAUGUUUCCUCUCUGUUGCUAACAGAUUCCUGUCAGAUGGUUCCCAGAUGUAAUUCACAGGAUUAAACCGAGCAUCUAACAAACCCCUGCAGAAGUUGCUCUGUAUGUCGAUAGGGGAUCUUUGAAUAAACUCUUCUACCAAUGUGACAGUGUUGACAUCCCAGAGAUACCCCUUCAAUCCCACCACCACCACCACCACCACCACCACCAAACACAGUGUCAAUUGACAGAGAAUCUCCUGAAAUCAAAAUGUCAAAGAGUUGAUGAAAUCUUUUGAUAAUUAAUUACCUGUCAACUAUGUACCUGUAAUUAAGGAAUAUAUGUAUGUGUGUGUGUGUGUGUCUGUGUGUGUACAUGUGUUUGAAAAUGUGUGUGUUGACAUCGUAAAAUCCAUCUGUUUGGUUCUUUAGUUUAUUUUUAGUCUCUGCAGCCACAGCCAUGCUGGAGCAAAGCAAUCCUUCGAUCAAAGUACUUUCAGUGGGUGGAACCAGUUGAUAACAGAUGCUAGACUUGGCAGGGUGCUUUCUUCAGUUCUUCUUGUUCUAACACUAAAAUUCUGCUCUCCUCAACCAAACCUGCUGCUACAUAACUCUUCUAAACCUUAAACAUGUAUUCCGUACAGUCUGUAUACACCCCAAUGGGGAAACAGUUUUUUGGAACCUUUGAUUUCAAUGGGGGUAAAAGUUACCCUCCAACUUCGGAGCCCGAGACAGAGACCCCACCUACCAGUACGCCAUCAUCCAAUACAGGGAUUACAUCAUCAACCAAUACAGGAAUUACCAACAGUAUAAGUUUCAUGAACAAUUCCUACCAGCAUCAUCAUCACAGACAGAUGUCCAUUCAGCAUAGUUUGGCCCAUAAGAAACCAUAUCGAUGUGAUAUUUGUCGGAAGGGGUUUUCAAGAAUGGCUAAUUUAACGAACCACGAACGUGCAUCGGCUGCAGGUUUGAGUCAGACCCACUUCAGUUGUGAAUAUUGUACAAAGGCAUUCAGCCAGCGAGAUUACUUGCGGAUACAUGAACGCGUUCACACUGGGGAGAAACCUUUCAAGUGUUCUAUGUGUGAAAGGUCUUUCAGCCAUCAGACCAUUCUACAAAACCAUGAACGAGUUCAUACUGGUGCGAAACCAUACAACUGUUCAAUCUGCAGCAAGACGUUUGCUCACCAGACUACACUGGUCAACCACCAGCGUAUUCAUACAGGUGAAAAACCAUAUCGGUGUUCGAUCUGCAAUAAAAAUUUUGCUCAUCAGACUACGCUUAUAAACCAUGCGAGAACACAUACUGGAGAGAAACCGUUCAAGUGUUCGAUAUGUAUGAAAGCGUUCGCUCACCAGACCACGCUGAUCAACCAUCAACGUAUUCACACCGGGGAGAAAACCUAUCAUUGCCCAACAUGUCUGAAGACGUUCGCUCACCAAACCACUCUUAUCAACCAUCAGCGGGUACACACUGGAGAAAAACCUUAUAAGUGUUCAGUUUGUGACAAAAUUUUUUCCCAUCAGACAACACUGACAAUUCAUGAACGCAUCCACACGGGGGAACGUUUGUACAAAUGUACCCAGUGUGAGAAAAGUUUCACCCAUCAAACCACCUUGAAAAACCAUGAGCAAUGCCAUUCAACUGAAAAGGCUUACAAAUGUUCGAUUUGCAUGAAAUCAUUUGCCCAUCAAACAUCUCUGUUGAAUCACGAACGUGUUCACACAGGGGAGAAACCUUAUCAUUGUACAACCUGCUUGAAGACAUUUGCACAUCAAACCACACUGAAGAAUCACGAACGAACACACACGGGCGAGAAGCCAUUCACGUGUUCGAUAUGUCAGAAAUCGUUCACACACCAAACUACAUUGCUGAAUCAUGAGAAGACCCACGUUGGAGAAGUAGUGGUUCCACCAGUCUCAAUGUCAGAGAACACUCCCGGAAUGGUGUCCCGCACAACAGGGUCAUCAUCGAACAUAUUCCACUGCACCAUUUGUAGGAAGUCUUUCUCUCACCAAGCAGAUUUGAAGAGCCAUGAACGAUCUCAUGUCUCUUCUGUUGGCAAUAGUAAUAAUAAUGAAAAGCUCUACAGCUAUGAUGGUACUUCCUCCAGUACCAUUCAGCCACCAUCUGGGUCUUCUGUUUCACCUGGUGCUGGGGCAGGUGGCGGCGGUGGCGGUGGUGGUGGUGGCGGCGGCAGCAACACAACAGGAGAUAAGACAUACUCUACCACAUCCUUGACUCAACAUGACUCUGAUACUCCACCUGCCUCAAGCCUCAACUCCAAGUCUAACUCCCAUUCAUCUCAUAAUCGAGGCAGCAGCAGCAACACCAACUCUACAAAUCAAUCUGCCUCUUCUAAUAAUGCAGACAAGCACCACAGGGACCCCAAUAGCCAUCCAUCAUCAUCCCUUUCUCCGCGAUCCAGCGGGUCCCAUCAGCAGACUCAAUCCCACUUAACCUCCAACACACCAAUGCAGAUGUCAUCCUCUUACAUCCAUCAAAUGUCAUCCCACUGGGACAAUAGUUACAGUUGGCCCAGGGGUUUCCCAGUGUCUUCAGGAUGGAGCCCUACGUGGCCUAAACCCCCUAAUCCUAUCCCAUCUGUACGACAAAAAGAGUUGACCUAGAUAUUCAGCUUUACUUUCAACCCACAAAAAUCACAUGAGAACGGACAUUCAUUCACACCUGUAGUUUAUGAAAUUCCCUUUCCACCUCAGUCUACGACAGAUCUACUCAAACAGUUGUCUUCUAAAACUCUUACAUUUUCUUUUAAAUCACAACAGUAUCUCAUGUCAGCUGCAGGUUUGAUGACAGGUUCACCUGAUUUUUCAAACAGUCAUUUCACUACAAUUUCUAGGUUGUAUCACAAGGCCUUCUUCAUCUCUCUCUCUCUCUCUCUCUCACACACACAAAUGUUCCCACAGUCAACCAUUUCCCCUCCUUUCUCACUAAAUAUUUUCAAGUGUCUAUAUUUGGUGGAAAGUUUCCUUAUUUCAACCGAACUGAUCAAUACAUUUUCAAUAAUUCAAUACAACCUCAAUAGAUCAACAUGACAACUGUAACACUCUCAACAGGGUUGUGCUGUCUGCUGCAAGUUGCCAAACCAGUCGGUCGCAGCUACAUAACAUCAUUGAAAUUUGGUUAAAAAUUCAAGUUAUGGAAGUAAGCAUCACCUAGAAACGUGAAUUAGUGCAGCCAAUUAUUAAAUAUAUUUUUCAAUCCUAGUUGUAAUGUGAUGGCUAUCUUACAGUUUUAUUUCAAGAUGCCGGUGAAAAUGUGAAUUGAUCGACAGCCAGAUGUCAGCAGUGGACGUUUUUGCUGUUUUGUAAAGCAGUUUUUAUUUUACACUUUGUGUAUGGAUAUGUUACCUAAUUUGAUGUGGUGAAUGAAAUUACCCAGUUGUAUCAGGAGUUGAUUUUGUUGAGAAGAAAUGAAAAACAACACUUGUAAAAUAUGCAAACAUGGAGGCGAUAAAGUGGAGGAAAUUUGAACCUUUUAAUUUAAAACAACAAAAAGUAUUGGCUGUCAGCCCUGUAAUAUGCAAACAAAUAAUCAUUUUUGAUUGAAAUCAUUGAGCUGUAUCAACACAAACUGAAAUAUAGAAGUGUGGGGACGGUAUUUUUUGUGAGUCAACUUAAAAUGUUGUGCAGCAGAUUCUCUUGUCUUAAUGUCAAUCUUACAAUUCAAACAGUCAACCUGUAACAUCAACCAUCGCAUUAUAACUGCUACCAGAUCAUUUGUAUAGCAGUGCAGUAUAUUUAUGUAUUCUAUCAAAAUGUAACUCCUCUCAUACAUACAUUCAUACAAUGUAUAUACAUACAUACAUCUAUCUAUCUAUAUAUAUAUAUGUUAUAUAGGAAACAGCUCCUUAUUGACAAACUAAAACAAUAGGAGUUUGACUUGUUUUUUUCUAUUAUUUGGGAUUUUUUUUUUCACUUUUAUGGUGUCUCAUUGCUUCCUUAAAAAAUUUAUACAUUUUAAAAAUGAAAUUGCAUCCAAUUGGCACUCUUAUGGUCUGUUCUACUGUAUCCGGCCUGUCUGAUUGGGUUUCCCCAGGGAUGUAGCAAGCUGGAACAGAUGAAAGCACCGCAUCAAAGUAAGCGACUUUAUACUCCAGGUUUUAUCAUUUCCCCCCACUCUCCUCUCCCAUAGAAUUACCAUCUCAGAACCACUAAUAACCAUUUUGUCUGUUGCUGAUAUCAGCUUGUACUUGGAAGCAUUGAGAGGGAAAGUGUAAUUUGGUUUCUGUUUUGAGGAGAAGUUUCUUCCUGGAGCCUACUCUUUUGCUGGAGCCUCUUCUUGAAAAGGGAAGCAGCAGCAGUUUCUCUGAUUCCCCCAAAUGGCAAAAAAUACAAAACUGAAACUGUCACCACCAUGUUAUUUCAUUACAUUUAUUCCAUCCUAUCAGUUACUUUGGUCAGGUGUUACAGCAUCCCCACCCACCUCACACUUUAUUGUUUCAGUUCAGUUGUAAGUUGUUUUUUUUUUUAAAUAUAAAUCUGUGUUAGUGCACAGAACUACAAAUGGCUAACUUUUUGUAUGACACUCAAUCUAGACAGACAUACAAGCAACUUUUACAUGCAAAUAGUAGAAAGAACAGGGCUUUAGACGUGUGUUUACUCCAUAACUUUUUUAUCUGUAGCUCACACAUGCAUGUGUAUACAUACAUACGUCUGUGUGUGUAUAUAUAUAAUAUAUAUAAAAAUGAUUACCUAUAACUGUGUUCAUGUAUAACUCACAGAUGUAAAACAUGAACAAACUUGAUAAGAUGCAUUAUCAUUACAUACAUGCCUACCUUUAUAUAUAUAUAUAUAAGAUCAUUUCACGUCCACUUUCCAUGCUGGCAUGGAUUGGACAGUUUAACAAGUUCUAACGUAUCCAAGGACCACUUGUUGCUCCUAUGUUUGCUUUGACAAGGUUUCUAGGGUUGGAGACCCUUCCUAGAAUGAACCAUUUUAUAGUGUCCUGAAUACAUUUUUUCAUGACACCAGCCCUGGUUGCCUUGUAGCUUAUAGACAAGAGAGAACAUUGUAAGAGAAUGUAGGUGGGUGGGGGAAUACCAAAGGAAGCAACACUUGGGGAAGGGGAAGAGAAAUUUUAGGAGGAGAGUGAGGGGAGGGCAGGUUAAAGUGCUGAUAGCAAUGGACCCAGUGAUGGGGUGGGUUGAUCUGUUUGCUAUGCUUGAAUGGGUUAGUUCUUCAGGGUCGAAAUAAGUUCUUAUUAGAAUAUAUAUAUAUAAUAUUUGCCUUUGAUGGUGGAACUCAAAAUAAAUGAAGCUACAAAUAACAGCACAUAAAUAUUGGGUUUAGAAAACUCAUUGGAUAGAAACGUUUGGAGGCUGCCAAAAGGGCAGCCUUUCACUUUUUCUCUCCAAAAGGUUUUUUUUUUUUUUACCUAAUAUUUUGUUAUUUGUAGCUUUACACACACAAUCUAAACAGACAUGCAAGCAAUGUUUACAAUAUCAUCUCUGGGAACAAAGUGGGAUCCUUUUGAUGGUUGCCUAGCCCAUUAGAAAUAGCAACCAAAUUACAUCCUGUCAAUAGAAAUGAAAAAAAGGAAUGCUUGACAGUGUAGUUCGGAAUACCUUCUUAUUGCCAAAUAAUGGAUUGGGUCUACCAUGUGUUAGAUAUAUAUAUAUAUAUUUAGUCAGGUUGGCCAUAGCUGGAGCACUUCUGCUGAGAGUUGACUUAAGGCUGAACAACAUUGCCUACCGAGCUGGCUUUGAUAAUUUUCUUAGCUCUAAUGUUGUUGUCAUGGUAACAGCUGUUGGAUGGUAUAUAUUGUAUCAAUGGCUUCCCUCAGCUCAAUGUCCUGGAUUUCAUUCAGUCAAGACACACAUUUGUGCCAGUGUGGACAGGCUAAAGUCUUCUCAGUUGAUUUGGUAGUCAGAAACUAGAAAGAAGCCCACACAUGUGCUCACUUAGUUGAAAAUUGUUUGAACUUUGCUUGCUUCCUGCCUUUGAAGGUGUGUAGAAUACAAAAUCCCUCAAACAAAAAAAGUGGGGCAUCAUCUGGCUGUAAAACAAUACCUUAAUUAUUUACUUGUCUGACCCAUGCUAACAUGGAAGCAGACAAUAAUGAACAAAUAUGGUUUGUGGUGUUUUGAGUUAUGUCCCUUCAUGUCAAAACCUUGAUUUAGCUUUUUCAAACAAUAAUCAAUCGUAAUUAUUCAAGUGUAAUAAGUAUCAGGGUCAAUAUUAUUGAUUAAAACCUAUGAAAGCCAUUACCUUAAUAUGGCUACAGUCCAAUGACAGGAACCAAUACAAGGGUGUGUGUGUGCAUUUAUAUACUUUUGGGAAAUGUGUUUUUGAGUGACCAUUGUCCCUAUUGUUCUGUGAUCUAUCAUUUCUUUCUCUGCUGCUGUGUAGUGGUGUUCAGCCACACAGGCAAGAGUGAAAACUGCAACACAUGCAACUAGUGUUCCAAAGAUGACAGUGAGAACCUAACUAGCACUUUCAUUAUAUUUUCUCUCUCUUUCAAGAAUAAUCUCAGGUGUGUUUAUUUUAGUUUUGCAAGAAAAAUGUUGACAGUGACUUCAAAGUUCCCUCUUAGUUGUCUUCAUGAGACUGUUGGAGGCAAUUAACCUGAAAUUUUGAAGCCACUGCCUACCUUUUUCUAAUAAAAAUUAAAUAAUGUCACCCUACUGAAAUGGCUCGAGUAAUCUUUUAAUCAAUGUUCCACUGGUUUCGUAAUUAACUAUACAUAGAACCACUUAUCAAUAAGUAGUGUAUCAUCAAACAUAAUUAUAUUUAAUGAUUUUGCAGAGGUAGAGCAAUAUUGAUAGGUAGCUACAUAAUUCUUGUCCCAUUGCCAUUCAAUUAUGUAUAUUUAUAUCAACAUACAUAAGUCACAAACAAGAAAGUGAGCACUUCAUUGGUGGGUGAAGAAUUUCUUUGAAUAGUCAAGUGCUGUAAGUGUGGUAGCAUGCUAUCAGCACUCAACUGUUAAUGUGUGUGUGUACACAUUUGAGAUCCAUUGAGCUAUAAUCAUCUUUUGUCCUAGAUUCCAGGUGAUUAACUCGUCAAUAUUUAUCUAGUACAUACCUUAUUGACCCUGGAUAACUGAAAAACAAUGACUAACAGUUGCAAGAGUAGAACUUGCUAAUGUGGAGUACUAUGGUAGUCAAACUAGUUUCCAGCUCGAGGCCUGUACAAAUUAAAAUAACUUCAAAAGCAGAAUGUUCUUCAAAUUGGAACAAGCAAGACAAUGAUAGGUGCAAAAUAAAACAUCUGUGGGCAGUGGAGGGCUCCAGCGAAUUUUUCUAUCAAACAUGAACUUACUGAAUCAGAUUGCUGUCAGAUGUGUUUUUAAAAGGGUAUGAAAACCCCAUUCGUAUUGAAAGGAUUUUCAAAAUUUAGUAACAAAAAGUGCUUUAAUGGAAAUCCUCCAAGAUUUGGUCGAACCAAACCCCGUUUCCAACUCCACCAUCUUCUCAUUUAUUCUAAUUAGUCUUGUAAAGAAAAUGUGUCUAAAUUAGUUGCUUGUGCCAAGGAUGUAUGCUGUUUAUGUAAUCCACAAAUAAAGCCAAAAUUUCAAUCUGAAUAUUGUAAGAUGGAGCAAUUCCCUGACUCUGUAACAUCCCCCAUUUAUUAAUGGGGUAUCUAGCAAUAAAAGCUAACCAUUCUUUUGUCUUUAA